AUGAAUAAUGAUCAUUCAACGUACAAAAAUCACAGCGAUGAUUUCGAUAAACAAACUGGAGAUAUCUAUUACGAAGCGAAGAUUGGCGGUUACACCAAUUAUCAACAAAGCCUUUUAUUUUCGGCCAUUGCGAUUGGUUCUAUUGUGGGCACAUAUCCUUUUCUAUUAUUGAAAUAUUUUCACGAUAUACGGGCUAAUAUCUGGCCUGUCAACAUCGCUCAUACCUUUAUUCGCUUCGGUCAACUUCUGGCUUCUUUUUGUGAUGAGAUUCCUUCAAGUGCUUGUUCAUUAUAUUAUGAAAUAUUUGGAUUUGCUUUGGCAGUGAAUUUUCCAGUGAUUGCAAAUAUAUCGAGUAACUGGUCAUCAUUAAAAUUCACUGGCAUGUUUACUGCAUGGAUGUCAUGCAAUUUGCAGAUUGGACCAAUGUUUUCCAUGCCUUUGGCUGGUGAAUUUUGUUCAUCGUCGUUUGGAUGGAAGGGAGUUUAUUAUUUACAAGGAUCAUUAACACUGAUUUCAUUUUUUAUAUUCUUUUUGAUAUUUAGAGAUACACCAAGAAUUCACAGUUGUGUUAGCGCGAAGGAACUACAAAUACUUGAAAAAGGAAAAGUUUUGACAGGCAAAAAGGAUGUUGUGCCAUACAUGAACAUUCUUAAAAGUUUACCAAUAUGGGGCGUAUGGAUUUGCUGUCUUGGUGGUACUUUUGGCUAUCAAUUAUUUGUACAAUAUGGGCCGACAUACCUUGACAAAGUAUUAAAUUAUGAAAUAAAAAAUAUAGGCUUUUUAACAGCGUUAUCGAAUCUAACAUCGUGCAUUAUAAAAGUGCUAAUCGGCCCAUUAAGUGAUUUGCUACAUUGUAUACCACUUACGAUUAAAGUGAAACUUUUUACAAUUAUAUCACAAGGAAUGAUGGUAAUAUCGUUCAUCCUACUUGCCAUAACACCAGAGGAACGAGUUAUCUUAGGUUUAAUUUCUUAUAUAGCCACUGUGGCAUUUAGUGGAAUGAUGUGGGUUGGUGCGGUUAAAAGCGGCGCUCUUGUUGCCCGACAACAUGCGCAUUUUAUUUUCGCAGUAAUAUCAUUUGAAAAUAGUUUGUCACUAUUGAUACUUCCAUAUUUUGUGAAUUUUAUUGCACCAGAUCAUACUCGACAACAGUGGUACUAUUGCAUUUCUGACAUAUUUCAGUAG